AUGCCUACCAUCGACUUGUCCUUCUACCCUCACGACACCUCCGCAUCCGCCAUGUCCUCCAUCGACCUCGACUACUACCCGCACAUCACCGACGCCCUCUUCGCCUUUGCACCCUCCGCUUCCCUCAAAACCAUGCGUGGCGUUUGCCGCUCGUGGCGAUCCCGCGCCGACGCCGCUCUCUCGGGUCACAUUAGCUUCCGCGCAACGUACACCUGCUACGACGAAAAGGGCGUGCGCGAACUGAGCCUGCGCCUCUCCUCAGUUCGUGACCCAUCCGUGGGCACCAUCUUCACCUUGGGUUUAAAAACCAAAGAGUUCUCCUCUCGCUCCACCGGGCUCCUGCCAUCCGCCAUCCGCGUCGUGGACAUCGACGCGGCAUCGCACAAGCAUUUCGCGCUCACGCAUAGCAUGCUCCCUAUCCCGUUCUUUGAGAGGAACUCAGAGACUACGUCCCUACGAGCAGCAUAUGAGGCGUUCAAGUACCACAUUUUCAGGCAUCUCUAUGAAGCAGAUCCCAUUGCUGCCGAAACGGACGAAGCCGAAAUGGGACAGCGCAACGAUCGCACAGUUCGGUACGCUGUGCUGGAUGCCGAGACGUUCUGCUACCCCCUUGAUGUGGGGUGCAUCGUGCUCUUUGCUCAGAACGCGACGCCAGAGACAAAGGCAACAGCGUAUCUCGAGCAGAUUGGUCGGUUGCGGCUCUGCGGCCCGGGAAAGGCGGUGCUGCACCUCCGCCAUCCGGGAUCGGUGGACGGGUCGGUGCGUGCGGAAAUGGACGACAUCACUAUCUUUGUGCACCCUUGGGCGCACCUCAAGGUCUCGUACGACAGCGUUGCCGAAGCAGUCCCGAACGUGCUCGGCACGUUGCUCGACAUUGUGCAAGGGGUGCAGUCCUACGCCAAGCGCAUCAAUGUGGUCGGUCUUGAACGGCUCUCACCCGCGUCCCUGGGUCUGGAAGAAUUCGACGAAGACCUGGGGGAUGCAGUAGUGGGAGCUUUGGAGCAGAUGUCAAAACCUGUCGCUCCGGCAUAUCAGCACAUCCCGCCGGGAUUCUCGUCCCAGCCGUGCGCUGACCCGCUGGCCGCAAUUUUGCCCGAGCUGUCUGGUUGCAAGCGUCGGUGUACCAUCAACUUUUACUCCGUUCAGGCCUACCGUUGCAUGGUGGGCAGGGAGCAGUUCGAGAUCGAUACCAACGAGGGGGCUCUGUGGUGA